UCCCUACAAUAAAGCCAGGUUUUCCAUGUUAGGCGCUACUAAUCAUUACCUAAAUGACAAAGGUUUUGCUAUUCUUGGUGUAGUGCCCUUCUUUGCAUUUCAGAGGAAUUAUUGGGCUCUUACACUGACUGUCAAACUUGCUGACUUGGUAACUGGCUGCUUUUCAAAAUAUAUAUUAAAAAUCUCACCUUUCACAGCUAUUUCUUCAAUAAAUCUUUAUAUGUAUAUAUAUAAUAAGCUUUGUGAUUUUACUUAUAAAACUAAAGUCAACAGAAAACAAAUUAAAACUCUUAUCAGUCACAUUGUAUGUACUAUUAAAGAAAAUCCCAUCAAAGGCAGCAGGACCCAGCAGAAAGAGUGCUGAGCUAAGAAACACAUGGCAACAUUUCCCAUUUGCUUAAACAAGGUCAAGCUUUCAGCUUCUCAGCUCAUUUUACUUCUAGCUCUCACAGAACUCUCUAAUCUCUAUUUCUGUCUCAGCUGCUUUCAAAUGUGUAGGUGAUUAUUAUUUCCUUCUCUCCAUAAGGAAUUUUAACACCAAUAAGUUAAAUUAAUUACAGCCAGAUUCAAAGGCCCUACACCCGUACUGAAGACUAUACAUAUUCACAGUUUUGAAGCUCUAUUUAAUUAUACUUUAAAUGUUGCAUACUGAAUCACAUGCCUUGAUCCACCUCAUGGAAAAGAAUUAAGUUCCAGACAGACUCCAGAUUACAGCAGGAAUGACAAUCUAAAUAGCCUUUAAGUUAAAUAUACCUCAUAGACUGAACAUGUAACUCAUAUUAGAAAGGCUGGAUCCCUUUUUAUAGCUAGCUGCUCGUACAGUUCAUUUUUAUCUAAGUCUUCAUCUUUUUAUUUCAUUACAUUAUAGCUGGCAGUGUGUACUCUUUCAUUGAAGAUCAUACAAGGUAUGUAAUCACGGCAACAGUAACUAUGCUGUGCAUUUUCCUUUGUCAUGUUUAACAGACUGGUCAUUUAAGCACCUACAAAACACAGCUUGGCCAGAGGAGUGAGGAACUCGAUAAAAAAAUAUCUGCUAUUCAAAUACCAGAGUCACAAAAACAUCUUUUUUUCCUCCCUAAUUAUUUCAUUAAAAAAUUUGGAAGAAAUCUUCCACGUGGAAUAUCUUUGCAUAUCACAGAUUUUUGUUUUGUUAUUGAACUUUACUUGUUGCUAAGGAAGACCAGAGAAGAUCAAAGGACUUCUAGCAACUAGCAAAGCAAAGGUGAGGGAGUUUUGAUUUCUUUCUCAUUCUUUAAAGAUUUAUCACUGAAGUACAACGGUUGUUGGUUCAUAGUUGUAUGAAAAGAAUGUGUGAAGUGAUGUGAGCCUGCUUUGCUAUUUCCUAUCUGACUUCAAAUAUCAAACAAUAGCUUUAAUUCACUUUUUGUUUAGCAAUGUGAUCAUGCAUUCAACAAGCUUAUUCACAAAUCCAUAUGCAAUUGAAGUCCUAAAGACUAAAAAAGAAGAGCUCGUAGAAGGCAUAACCCACCCAGACCAUCUUCUGAAGUGGCUGAUAGACAAUGGUGUUUUUACCCCAGAGAAAAAGGUGGUCAUGAGUUUCUACAGGACACGAACAGAAAAGAACUCUCGAGUUUUAGACCUACUGAUGUCUCAUGGUGAACGAGCCUGUAGGCUCUUUUUUUAUCCAUGUUUAAAGCAAGUGGAGCCAAAACUUUACAGCAAGAUAAGAAAAUACGUCAGUGAAGUAAAUGAAAGCAUUGGAGAUGCCAGAAGACAAUUAGUGGGAUAUUUACUUGAAAAAGACAAGGUUUGGUUUGAAAGUAGCAAUGAAUGGCACCAGGGAAAAAAAGACAGUCUUAGAAAAAAAAGGAAAGAAUGGACUAUUAGGAAAAAAGGAAAAAAACUUCAACUGUCAAGGACAGCAAAACGUAGAAAAGAUCACACUGAUGCUGUCAUCUUUGAUGCAGUCACUAAGGGCGAUCUUUCCGAGUUAGAGAAGACAUUGAAAGACAACGAUAUUAACGUGCUAAACUCCUCAAGUGAAACACUUUUGCAUGUUGCAGCUGCUAAUGGACAUGCAACUGUAACGGAAUAUUUGAUCAGCAAAGGUGCAAAGGUAGAUGUGAAAGACAAGAAUGGAAGAACACCACUGCACAGGGCUGCUGAGAAAGGCCAUGGUGAUGCAGUGAAAGUGCUGCUCCAAUCUGGUGCUUAUCUGUACAGUUUGGAUAUGAAAGGCAAGACACCACUUCAUUUGGCUGCACAGAAUAACCACAGUCACAUAGUGAAGAUACUCGUGGAAGAAGAGGCAAGAAGCUACAGGAACCAGCACAACUUUUUGCACAUGGCAGCUCUUAAAGACGAAAGCAGUCUGGCAAAAAUACUUUUGAAGGCUGGCGCCCCCGUUGAUGGGAAGGACGAAAAGGGACAGCCUCCUCUUAGUCAUGCUGUGUCUCACGGGUCUGAAAGCACUGCAAAAGUACUGCUAGAAGCAGGAGCCAGUGUUGAUUCCAACAUAGCUGAAAGAGCCUUCAACAGCAAUCACCCAUCCAUCUUCAAAAUACUACUAGAAUAUUCCAAAGAUUUUCCAUCUGAAGUAAUGGAAUCAGCUCUUUUUAGAGCUGUGCAGAAAAACCUGCCCGGUAUUAUAGCUGGUUUAAUUGACAAGGGUACAGAUAUAGAUGCUCUCAAUGACAUGAGGUACACUCCUUUACUCUUGGCGUGUGAAACAGGCAAAGCUGAAGCUGCAGAAGUUCUAAUCACAAAGGGAGCGAACUUUGGAAUGAGGACUCCUGCUUCAGACACAGCUUUGCACUUGGCAGUUCAAGCUGGGGCUGCUUCUACUGCACAUCUGCUUCUGCACAAGGGGAUGGAAACUAACCUGAGGAACCAAGCCCAUGAAACCCCACUCCAUGUUGCUGCCCUUCAUAAUAGAGGUGCAUUAGUUGGACUUCUAGUUAAUGCUGGGGCCCAAAUUAAUGCUGCCACUAAAGAGUUUGUUACUCCCCUGCAUAUUGCAAGUCAAAGAGGUAACAGUGAUGCUGCCCAGCAGCUCUUGCACCACAAAGCCCAUGUUAGUGUUAAGGAUAAGCAGUUAAAAUCUCCUUUACAUUUUGCUGCUGAAAGGGGAGACAGAACAAUGGUAGAGAUGCUUCUGAAUGCUAAAGCUGAUCCCAAUGCACAAGACAAAGAGAAGAAGACUCCCCUGCACAGUGCAGCUGUAAGAGGACAUCUCGACAUUGUGGAAGUUCUGUUAGCUGGAAAAGCAAGACUUGGAGUUAAGGACAUGGAUGGAUGCACUCCAAUGCACUAUGCAGCCAUCAGGGGAAACACAGAGAUUGUAAAAAUUCUUCUGGCAUCAGGGAAAAACAAAAAUAUUGAUGAUAGAAACAUUUGGAGAAAGACUGCACUGCAUAUUGCAGCAGAGCACGGGCACAGUGACCUGAUCAAUGUGUUGCUGAGCCACGGAGCAGCCAUUAAUGCCUCAGACAGCAGCAGGGACACGGCACUGCACUCUGCAUGCAAGGCUGGUCACUUGAACGCUGUGAGUGCCCUCCUAAACUGGUCACAAGGACAAAGAGCAAAUUUACUGGCUGCUAACACUCUUCAAAAGACCCCACUGCAAGUAGCAGAGUUUAAUGUAACAGAAAACCAGGCUCAAAUUGUAACACUUUUGAAGAAGAAAAUGUUAAUAACAAAAUGAAGACGUAAAGCUAAACUGUCUAAAGUUAAAUGCAGAAUUCUCUCGUAAUGUAGUUUGGCUAGUCCUGCUGCCCAGUAUGAUUUUAACUAUGCUAGGGCAGGCAGAAUUAAGUUAGCAACCAAAGGUGGCCAUGGAGAACAAGGUAUCUUAUUAGACACUGUUAAACUUCAAAGUAUUGCUUAGCCUUUUGCUUCUCUCACAAAUCUCCUACUUGGAAUCUAUUUAAAAAGCACCACUUUUAAACAGAAUGUGUAUGACCUCUUCCAGUAAAAAUCGAGACUUGAAAAAACAAGAUAGAAAAUAACUGUUCCUGUACCUGUCAUGAACAGUUUGUAUUAGUUAAGUGCUGUUUCAUAAAAUCACUCUUUUAAAAAGGCAUGUCUAUUAUGAAUAAGGGGAUAUCAGUAUCUUCAAGGACACUGAGAUAGAAACGUUGGAGUAGAUGAACCCAGUUUUGUUUAACUUUGGCAGUCCUAACUGCAGAGUGUUGCCAAGAGAGAUUGAUUUGCCCUCCCUUCCACCCCAGCCCUGCUCUAGGUUGUAUGUGUGAUCUGAUCCAACUUACUCCACAGCCGUACCUGAACACAGGGAGAAGCAGGAUAACAAAGAGAAGAGCAGCACUGGCUCUCCUGAGGGUAAUGUGAUAUGAGCUUGGUCUAGGCUGAUUAUAGCACUGCUCUCUGAGCUAACCAGAGAUCAGAAGGCAACUAUUGCAAAUUGCACUAUUGUGGGGUUGCUGUACUCCAGAUUUACUAGAUACUUUCCCCACACUAAUAAAUCAUAGAGUCACAGAAUGGUUUGGGUUGGAAGGGACCUUAAAGCUCACCCAGUUCCAACCUCCCAGCCAUGGGCAGGGACACCUUCCACUAGAGCAGCUUGCUCAAAGCCCCUGUGUCCAACCUGGCCUUGAACACUGCCAGGGAUGGGGCAGCCACAGCUUCUCUGGGCACCCUGUGCCAGUGCCUCAGCACCCUCACAGGGAAAAAAUUCUUCCGAAUACCUAAUCUAAAUCUUCCCUCUGGCAGGUUAAAGCCAUUCCCCUUGUCCUGUCACUACAGGCCCUUGUCAAAAGCCCCUGUCCAGAUUUCCUGCAGGACCCUAUAAAUCCUACCAAGAGCCUUGGUAUAAACCAACCAGAGAAGUGUGUGUUCCAAAACUUUGCUAACACAGUGAUGCUGUCCUUAGGAUGCUGGUAUGUGCUACAUUGACAUUCAGUAUUGCAAUGGACCCUCUUUAGACGCUUUUAUAUUACACCCUUCAACAUGGCACUGACAGCUCCAGGGACUCUAACAAUCAUUUUUCUUUCUAUCUUUCAUGAUACCAUUUAUCUAGAUUUUGCAUUUUUAUGUACAGAUAAUUAAACCAAUCGUAUUUGCUGUUUACUACGUUUACUUUCAAAUCAAUCCCAGCACAAUGAUGAAAUGUUGAGAAUAAAAAGGUUGCAGUGGAGUUUAUUGGUUCAAAACAUUUGUACUGCCAUUUCUUAAAACAGACACGCUUUCUCCAGGCAGCACAAGGUUCUCUGAGGUAAUUCUCUGUAUAAUGAUACUCAAGCCUCAUGAUUCUUCACACUUCUCACCAGUGUAUGACUGGAAGCCAAAUUACCACAAAGAGACAAAUACUUCUUGCGACACAAACACUGAUUUAAGAAUAUAUGAGAGUGAAACUGGAAUUUUUAGAGCCAUAUAACAACACUUUAACUUGACCAACACAACACCACUGCUUAAAAGACAUCACCGCAUGUUUGGCAGCACGCAGGCAGAGCCCAACAACCACAGCAUCUGCAGCAGGAGGUACCCAGCGGCACCAGUCAGCAGUGUCCCUCUUCAGCCAUCACUCCACACUUCCACGGCCCGGUUCUCCCCGGGCCAUUCAUAAA